UGCAGCGGUCACGACGUGGAAAUAUCAAACUUUGGUCAGCACGCAGAAAGACUCGUUCCCGGCGAAGCAAUAUGAAAACUGGGCCAAUAUCCAUAGUGCCCCAAUGCGAGAUGUGCCCAGAACCGAGAAGCCUCCUAUACGUAGACUGUGGAGUAUUUUCAGGGACCAGAGACAGCGAUAUCAGAUCGUGCUGAACGUACAUCGGAAGACCCCCCGGAAACUCGCUAAAGCCAAGGCACUGGUUGGUCGGCGGCGAUAACUCAUAAUCGCCG